CCUUUUUCAUUCGUCUCUUGAAUUCUGAACGCAACGGUCGCCUCCGCUCCAAAACGGCAACGGCACUCGAAAAGCGCCAGUGCAAAUUAACCAAAGUGCAAAACUCCACAAAAUAAAGUGAGAUUAAACCAAGUGAUAAGCCAGAGAGCUAACAACAAACAAAAACAGACUUUUAAAGACUCUUCGCCGGAAAGAGAGUGCAGUUGAAAGUGCAAUGGACAUGGAUACCUUGCUACCUUCACCGCCCGCAACACCCCCGCUGAGGGAUAACAAGUUGGAAAACGUCGCCAAGGACGAGCAACAGGUCAACGAGAACCUGCUCAAGGCCAAGCUGAAGCUGGUGGCCCAGAAGAACCAGAAGAAUGGGGGGAUCAUCACACCCAAUCCCUCGGACACGGAAGACGAGGCUGCGGACGUGCCCAACCAGAAACCCCGCAUGGAACAGCCUGCUACGACCAUGACACCACCGCCGGAUCAGAAGCUGGAGGAUGAGCACAAGGCCGAGAGGGUCAGCGUCAUCAUGAGGGUCAACAGCUCGGGAGCAGUCUCCUCCAGCAACCAGGACGAGAACUCAUCCAGCUCCAGUUCCAGCUCCAGCUCCUCCUGCAACACAACCACAAGUACAAGUUCGGUGCCACCCACGGUGGAGGACGACUACCCGGAGGCCAAUGUGUGGCGCAAUCUCAAGUUCAAGAUGAACAGGAAACGGGCUGCGGAAGUGGCCCUACCCCCCGUACAAAAACCCAAGUCACCGACUCCAGAGCUCCCAGCUCCAUCAGCUCCAGCGGAAAGCGAGGAGAUCAAACCAAUCCUGACUCCCAUCUACGUGGCUCCAGUUGCCUCGCCGGCCAGUCAGCUCAUCCUCCUCAGCACAGUGGCCGCCCAGCAGAGUCCCACGCCGAUUCCCCCAGUUCCCACGAUGCCCGCCGAGGAGAAGCUCACCACCAGGAUCACGGCAGCGCAGGCGGCGGCCACCAGAAGCCGCAUCUACGAGUGCAGCUUCCCCGACUGCGGCAAGAACUACUUCAAGAGCAGCCACCUGAAGGCCCACCAGCGGGUGCACACCGGCGAACGACCCUUCAUCUGCAAGUGGGCGAACUGCGACAAGAGGUUCUCCCGGUCCGACGAGCUCUCCCGACACAAGCGCACCCACACCGGCGAGAAGAAGUUCCAGUGCAGCGUGUGCCAGAAGAAGUUCAUGAGGAGCGACCACCUGUCCAAGCACGUCAAGCGCCACAACAAGGACAAGGCGAACGGGGUGAACCGCCACGUCUCGCUGGCCAACCCCAGCUCCGCCUCCUCGGUGGCUGCCUCUCUCUGCGACGCCACGCUCCACCUGCGAGCGAUAGCGCCGGCGGCCCCCUCUAGGGCCAGCUCCUCGCCCAUCUCCCCCGCCAGCCUGCAAGUGUACACCGCCCAGGAUCUGCUGAGGCUGCAGCAGCAAGCCAGCAGCUUCAGUUUCGGCGGAACCCUGCUCCAGGUGCAGCGAUGAGAGGAGCAGGAGCCACUGAAGCCCCAGGACCAAUCUCAGCCCGACAGUAUCGCCAGCUAAACAGGGGGAAACUCCCACACGAAUCAGAAACGCAGACAAGAUUUACCCCCGAAUCGAAUGCCUCUUCUAAAAUAACUAGUGCUAGGGUUUCUAAAAUCUUAUAUUAAGACCACACAUGAAGAUCGAACUUUCCCGCAUCGAGAAUGUUCCCUCUUAUCUAGGAAUUCAGAUUUCUUCGAGUUUCUCCCCUCUCGCAGCUGGUGUAGACUUAAGCUUAGUUAAGAGCUAGAUCUUGUCAUCUUUUUGUGCAUAUAUCAACUUCAGAUUCAAUAAGCUUCGCAUUUGCGAUUCAAGAAACUUCUUUCCAAGGGCACACAGCACACUUCUUGGCUUGGCGAUCCUUUUUAGAUUCAGAUUUAGAUACUGAACACCCCUAGUGCUUGUACAUAUUAUAAUAGAGACGCAGUCGUCGUCCAACAUCUGUGAUAUUUAAGUUUUCUUAACUCUUUUCUAUUGUACCAUAGUUUUCGGACUAUUUCUCUUAAACUUAAACACACACAAACAAUUGUAUUUAUUGCUAAAUGUGGAAAAAAGAGAACGAAAAACAAAUCAAAAAAGAAAUAGUGGAUCCUUACACGAUUCCAAUCUCAACAAAAGAAAAUAUACAUAUUUUCCAAAUAA